UAUUUCUGUAGCAGCUGGACGCGUCGGAUGAAGCUGUAAGUGUGUGUUUGUGUGUUUGUGGCACUGAAGUGUUUCGGCGGAUGUUGAGACUGACAUCAGCUGCAGGCACGAGGGCUGGUCAGGAUGCUGGAGUCGUAUGUUUCUCCUCUCUUGAUGAGUUAUGUGAACCGCUACAUAAAGAACCUGAAGCCGUCGGACCUGCAGCUGUCGUUAUGGGGCGGAGACGUGGUUCUGAGCAAACUGGACCUGAGGCUGGACGUGCUGGAGCAGGAGCUCAAGCUGCCCUUCAUGUUCCUGAGCGGCCACAUCCACGAGCUGCGCAUCCACGUGCCCUGGACCAAACUGAGCUCCGAGCCCGUGGUCAUCACCAUCAACACCAUGGAGUGCAUCCUCAAGCUUCGGGACGGAGCCGCGGAUGAUAAUGAGAGCUGUGGGUCCAGUUCCACCAAUCGCAGCGCGUCUGAGAGCUCGAGGGCGUCGGCUAAACCUCGACGUGUGCAGCAGAACCCCAGCGACCCGGACCUGCCCCCAGGGUACGUGCAGAGUCUGAUCCGCCGAGUGGUGAAUAACGUCAACAUCGUGGUGAAUAACCUGAUCCUGAAGUAUGUGGAGGAUGACAUCGUGCUGUCGGUGAACAUCACGUCAGCGGAGUGCUACACGGUGGACGAGCUGUGGGACCGAGCCUUCAUGGACAUCGUCUCUCCUGAACUGGUCCUGAGGAAGGUUAUCAAUUUUUCUGACUGCACCGUGUGUUUGGAUAAACGUAAUGCGAGUGGGAAGAUCGAGUUUUAUCAGGACCCUCUGCUCUACAAAUGUUCCUUCAGAACUCGUCUUCAUUUCACCUACGACAACAUCAAUGCCAAAAUCCCUGCCGUCAUUAAAGUUCACACGAUGGUGGAGAGUCUGAAACUCUCUCUGACGGACCAGCAGCUGCCCAUGUUCAUCCGGCUGAUGGAGUUGGGUGUUGCGCUGUAUUACGGAGAGAUGGGUGUCCAUCGAGAGGGCGAGAGAGAAGAGAGUGGCUCACUUCGAGAGAGCGUCUCCGGUCUGAUGGACGGCUCCGAAGCGUCUCUGACGGGUCAGUACUAUCAGGACGAGGAUGAAGAUCAGGGUUGGGUGUCGUGGGCCUGGUCCUUCGUCCCGGCCAUCGUGAGCGCAGAGGAUGAGGAGGGUGAGAGCGAGUCCGGCUUCUACGCGGAGUCCACGGAGGCGGGUUCUGCCCGGCCCCUGCACAGGUCCCCCAGAGACCCUGUAGUGUCCGUCGGCUUCUACUGCACUAAAGCCUCACUCACCUUUAAGCUCACGGAGAGUUGCUCUGAGAGCAGUUACUACAGCCCGCAGAAGCUGAAGUCCCGGGAGGUUCUGAGUGUGGAGCAAGAGGGAAUCACAGUGGAGGCUCUGAUGAUGGGCGAGCCGUUCUUCGACUGUCAGGUGGGAGUCGUGGGUUGUCGCGCCGUGUGUCUGAAGGGCAUUAUGGGUGUUCGUGAUUUUGAAGAGAACAUGAACAGAAAAGAGGAGGAUGCCGUGUUCUUCCGCUGCGGCGAUACGCUGAGCGCUAAAGGCAUGACGUACCUCACCAACUCACUGUUCGACUACCGCAGUCCUGAGAACAACGGAGUCCGUGCAGAGUUCAUACUGGAUGGAAACCUUCACAGGGAGACGUUCACGGAGCAGGCGGGGCUUCAGCGAUACGGGGCGUUCUACAUGGAUUACCUGUACACAAUGGAGAACAGCAGCAGAGAGUCAACAGCUACAGACCUCCAAACUUCUGUGGCCUUCAGAUUAGAAGAUCAAGAAGAGUGUGUAGAGCUUCAUGGAAUGGGUUUCCAUGACCAAGCAGCUGCAUCCAAGCCUUACAUCACCAAGUGCAAUGCAAAGCGCGGGAUGAAGUGGUGCAAAGCGUGGGGUGCAGUGGUGUAA